UUUGUUUUUUUAAAAAAAAAAAAAAAAUUAUUUCCUAUGCUUGGUUUUAGAUUCUUAUCGGAUGCUUCGGCGUAGAAUGCCCUAAUUGGCUAUCGUCGGUCUCGUUUCGAUUACAGAAUGAACGCAACAUUGAAUUCUGGAAUUGUUUUCUCUGAAGAAAUAGCCGACGGAAGUGAUUCGGAUACGAAUUCUGCUGAAGGAUCGGAUUACUACGAGCCGAUCUCGGCCAUUGAUGGUGAAGAAUCCGAUGAAGCUGGAUCAGAGAACGAAACCUACAGCUCUGAUCCUCAUUUCCACCAUUUAUCAAACGGAUGCGGUGUAGAGAAUGCAGUUUCGUCUCUUAGUUUGAACGAUGAUGUGGAGAGAAGGUGCAGCGAUGACGAAGAGGAGGAGAGGAUGAGAGAAGCUUCUGAUUCGGCGAUAAGAAUGGCGUUUAGAGAGGAUGAGACUCGUCGAAAUGCACCGCUGUCGCCGGAGAAUGCAACGAGGAUCAUGGAGGCCAUGCGCGGCAUCUCAUUUGGUGGCUCUGCUCCAGAUUGGACAAGGAUUGUUUCCGAGGAUCGUUGGAUUGAUCAGCUUCGAAGGCUUAGGCAAACGCCUAGCGUUUCCAACAAUUUCGGGAACUGAGAGAUGGAACAUUUAUCAUUUCAAAAUUCAGAUCCCUUCUUCGUUUUCCUCUUCUUCUUCAUUCCUUUGGUUUGUUAAAGAAUUAUCAUGUGAUCCCUGAUUAUCCUCAUGAAUAAAGAUCCUUCUGGGUUUUGAUUCGUGAACAGUUCCUUCAUUUCCCAAUCACAUGCGAUUUCUUCGAUAUCAUAAUUGAAUAUCAUUCAACUUAUGCUUAGAAUGAGUUUUAUAAUUCAAACUUCUGGUUUCCUGCUGUUAAUCUUGAAAAAGCCAUGACCUUCAAUGAGCUGCUUGCUUUAAGCUAAACUAAGCUUCUUCACGCCACAAUCUACUGAUUUCUGCACUUUUGUGUAACCUCUUGUCAAACCCAGCUGGAACCUGAUGAAAUGGUUCCCAAAAUAAGCUCAAAACAACCCCUAUUUGAAUCACCCUCCUUGUUUUC